AUGGCUGACAUUCAGCCCUUCACUAUUUCCAUUCCAGGGAAGCAGUUGGACGACUUAAAACUUCGCUUAUCUCUCGCUCGCUUUCCUGACGAACUCGACGAGGCCGGAUGGGAGUAUGGCGCCCCAUUGGCAGAUAUCAAGCGAAUCACUCAGUACUGGAAAGAGAAUUACGAUUGGCGCGCCGCGGAGCACAGACUCAAUGCCACUUUCUUGCAGUUCACGACUUCCAUCACCGUUGAGGGCUUCGAUCCCAUCAAAUUGCACUUUAUACACCAAAGGUCCCGUAUAGCAAACGCGAUCCCUCUUCUCUUCGUUCAUGGAUGGCCCGGAAGUUUCAUCGAGGCGCUCAAAAUCGUGCAGGAGCUUUCUUCACCCAGUGACCCCAAAGCACCAGCCUUUCACGUCAUUGCGCCCAGCCUACCGAACUUUGGCUUCUCUGAAGCCCCCAAGAAGAAAGGAUUUGCGGUAGCACAGUAUGCGGAAAUCGUGCAUAAGCUCAUGCUCAAGCUUGGCUAUACUGAGUACGCUACCCAAGCAGGCGACUGGGGAUUUCACAUCACUCGCACUCUGUGUCUCCAUUAUCCGCAACAUUGCAAGGCGAUACACGUGAACAUGGACGAGGGUAGCCAGCCAAAAUUUACAAGCAACCCUCUUUUAGCCCUGGAGUAUGCCACCACUCCAUUCACCGAGCGAGAAAUUAAGGGACGCGAGCGCACAGAAUGGAUGUUAAGGGAGAGCUCCGGUUACCGCACCCAACAAAGCACAAAACCGCAGACUUUAGGGUACUCGCUUGCCGACUCACCGGUCGGCCUGCUCUCGUGGAUCUACGAAAAGAUAUGUGAGUGGAGCGACAAAUAUCCAUGGACCGAGGACGAGAUCUGUACGUGGAUGAGCAUAUAUUGGUUCUCGACGGCGGGCCCUGCAGCGAGCUUGAGAAUCUACUACGAAGAGGUCCACAGGUGGGACGACCCUGCGCGGCGGGUCACGAGAGAUCGCACCAGGCAGUAUAUCGGAGGUGUGAAGCUGGGGUUGACGCAUUCGCCCGCGGAAGUCAGGGUUUAUCCAAGUACCUGGACGAGGACUCAAGGAGAUGUUGUGUUCGAGAGGUUUUAUGACUCAGGUGGACACUUUUUCGCGUAUGAAAAGCCAGAGCAUUUGAUUGCGGAUGUGAGAGACAUGUAUGGCCGAGGAGGCGGUGCAGAAGGCGUGAUCAAAGGAAAGAAUGGCUAUUAG